GACAUACUUAGAAGAAUCAAAGUGAAAUUUACUGAUUCAAGAAAAGCCCUCCCUCUUGUUCUCUCCCUCCAAAAAAAAAUGAAAAGAUGGAGGAGCCCUGGGAAGCACUCGACGUAGACGAUUCCGACCUCCCUUCUCUCCUUCAGCCCUGUAAACGCCUCUGCCACCACCGGCGGAACCCCAACUCCGCCUCCGCCACUUCUUCUCAGUCCUCCUUUACACCUUGCUCAAGUUCUACUCUAAUAUCCGAACAAGAAAAGGAAGACCAAAAUCUCCAAGUUCUCCAACCUUUCCAGCAAUCCGACUCCGCUCCUUCGCAGCCGCAGCCGACGCCGCACCGCAUCCCUGGUCCAGCCGGCGUCAUACAAUCGGCGAUGCUCCAGAAAAGUUUCGACCGUAAAAAUCACGAAGUCUGGUCAUCUCCCAUUCCCACCCAGGAUUAUGUGAGGAAGGCAGUCGAAGAUUCUUCGGAAUUCGAUUAUGAUUUCCACUCCAGUGCCUGGUUUUGCGCUCUUCAGUUUAUCCGUAAAGUGCCUGGAAUCACAACUUUGAGAUCUAUAGUGAAAUGCCAGCACAAGGUAGAGAAGGUUGUGGCUGUCAUAAAGUCUUCCAAACCAAAUGGACUUAGUGGUCUUAUGGUAACUCUGAAGGAUCCAACAGGUACCAUUGGUGCUAGCAUUCAUCCAAAAGUGCUAAGUGAGAGCAUGUUUGGGAAGAGCAUAAUUGUUGGCACGGUUUUAGUACUAAAGGAGGUUGCUAUAUUUGCUCCAUCGCGGUCAGCAGUUUAUCUUAAUAUAACCCUCAGAAAUAUGGAAAAGGUAUUCUGCAAGGAUAGUGAUUGUCUACCAGCAAAUGCAGUGAACUGUUCUUAUCCUGGCAUCGAUUAUUCUGGAAGAGCCGCAGCAGCAAAGCAGAUUUUCAUUGCAGAAAAAGAAAUGACAGGAGAAGUACAAUGCAUGAGUGCAGGAGGUGUUGUUCAUAGUGAGAGUGAAACGGAGAAGGAAAACUUACUUCCAGGUAGCUAUAUGCGAAAUUUGAGACAAGAUAAUGUAGAGAAAGAAUCUUUAAGUUUCAGAGGAGGUGCUGCAAAGGGAGUUGAAGAAAUAAUCAGAAAGGUGACUACUCGUGAUAAACAGCCAGAAGGAGCUAAACCAAAGAACAAUUUCCAUGCAUGUAACACCAUAGAAAGUUUACCCAAGAGCCUGACUAGCCGGGAUGAAUUUCAGGAGAGGAAUGAAGUUAUGAGCAAAACGCAGCCAUUUGUUUCAAAGGCUCCACUCCCAGAGUGGACAGAUGAACAGCUAAGUGAACUUUUUGGUGUUAAUGGUGUGGAUGAUUUCCAUGCAUGUAAUACUAUCGAAAGUUUGCCCAAGAGCCAUACCAGCUGUGAAGAAUUUCAAGAAAAGGAUGAAGUUGUGAGCAAAACAUGUUCAUCUGUUUCAAAGGCUCCACUUCCAGACUGGACAGAUGAACAGCUAAGUGAACUUUUUGGUGGUGAUGUUGUGGACGAUUUCCAUGCAUGUAAAUCUAUAGAAAGUUUGCCCAAGAGCCAUUAUAGUGUUGAAUUUCAGGAAAAGGAUUAAAGCUCUGAGCAAAAGGCAACCACUUGUCUCAAAGACAACACUCCCAGGAGUGGACGGAUGAACAGCUAAGUGAACUUUUUGCUGUAUGCAUGACUAAAGUUUCUUUUGAAUUCUCUUGUCUUUUCAUACUAAAAACAGCCAUGUUGGAACUAGGAAUUUUGUUGAAAAGUUAUAAAUACACAAUUUUAUCUA